GUUAAUCCGAAAACUUUGAAAUGGAGGUUAUCCCUACGUGAUCUCACUAAAACCUAAAUUGACCAGAUUAAGAAAUACAUAACACUCUUUAUUGUUCCACUGCCAGCACUAAGAUUAAUUACCCAACCCAUAAAAGCAAAGAAGCUCUAGAAGAAAAGAAACCACAUAUUCGGGAGGGGCUCCCACCUUCCUGCACUGCUGCAAACACCUCCACUGCCAUUUCGCUAGAACUCUAGCUUGAUCAAGGUUUACCUGUCCUAUUACAGGGACAUGAAUUGCAGAUGCUCCAGGAGCCUUUGUUUGGUGAGAUGCCUGUGCUGCAUAUUGUUCAUCUCAUUGGCUGUGAUGUCCACUUAUUACCACCUACGGAUGAGAAAGGUAGAACAUUCAACGGUUGCUCAGGGCAGUAUCACCAAAUUGCCGGACAGUAAAACCGUUAUCAUAUCGGCCUACUACGAUGACAGAGAAUCCAACAAUGUACGUAUCAUCGCCAUUCUCCAUGUUGACGAGGUUAAGGAACUCUAUUGCUGGUUCUACUGCGAGAACAGUAAUGUCCACGUCCCAGUAAGGGCGCAAAUAGAUGUCCAUUCAGAUCGGUUCGGUUUCACUUACAGUACGGUGGAUCUGCUCUGCAAGGAACCUCAACUUUGCUCUUCCAAAUACAUCUCCAUCCAGUCAUCGGGCACAGAAAAUCCCAGCCGUGGUCCAGUGUUUGAGAUCAAGAACCGCGAGCCGACGUCCUUCUCCGCCAACUUCACCGUCUGCAUUUCCACCAUGUUUGGGAAUUCCAGCAACGUUCUGCAGUUCGUACAGGCCAUAGAAAUGUACAGGAUUCUGGGGGCGCAGAAAGUCGUCGUCUAUAAAAACAGUUGCAGUCGAGCUAUCGGGCGGGCUGUAGAUUAUUAUGUGUCGGAAGGAGUUGUAGAGGUGGUACCAUGGCCCAUUGACCGUUACUUGAGGACAUCGGAUGCCUGGCACCAUGACAUGGAUCCUAAGAAUGAAAUCGGUUACUAUGGACAAGUGGCGGCUUUGAACGACUGUCUGUACAGGAACAUGUACAAGACAAAAUACCUGACGUUCAAUGAUAUUGAUGAGAUUAUUUUGCCAAGGAUACACACGGACUGGAAUGAGAUGAUGGAAACUCUACAGAAAGAACAUCCAGACAAAUCCGUCUUCCUGAUAGAAAACCACUUCUACCCAAUCCAUCUCACAGACCACACGUUCGAUAACGCUUUCCCCAAAGAUGUUCCGGGACGCAACAUCCUUCAAUAUAUUUAUUAUGAACCGGAACAGCCCAAUGUCUAUAAUAAUCACAAAAUGAUAGUGAAUCCAAGGAAAGUGAUUCAAAUGUCCGUUCACUUUUCCUUGAAAAUUUACGGGGGAAUUCUAGAUGUGGCCAAUCACAUUGCAGGCCUCCAUCAUAGCCGAGAAGCCAAGCAACCAAACCUUCCUUUUACGUCUCUCAUAAGAGACACGACCUUGUGGAAAUACAAUGUGACUCUCAUACGCAAUGUGAACAGAGCUUUGGGGAAGUUCGGAUACACGGUUUAAACCCACAGAUGUAAUAUCCCAUUACUGGUCUUAUUCUUCUUCCUUAUUCACAAUGUUAUAGUUCCCACGGCUUCACUAGGUCACGUGGUUAUUAUGGGGGACUUUGAUUAUCCAGACAUUUUCUCUGGACUGAGGGCCCCUGACGCUGCCCUCUAACCCCCUGCAGGGACCCCCCGCAAGUCAUCUGAUCAGGGUCCGACUGGGCAGCCAGGGAACCGGAAAAGAACCUGGUGGGCCGAGGACCCAGCGGCCCAGACCCGAUCCCUGUCGCUACUCCCUGGCCGCCGGUGUGUCCCUCC